GUAGGUAUGGUAUACGUACGUACGUACGACGUAUACCUACAUAAUAUACACGGGAGCGAAAUGAGCGUCCGGUCGAAAAUCGGAAAAAAAAUCGUGAAAAAAAUAUAACUCGGUUAAAAAUAUUUCUAACAAUUUUACGCGACGGUACGUAGUCGCGAACGUUGCGGUAAUGAGAGAAAAAAAAAACCAAAAAACCAAAAAACUAAAAAAAACUAAAAAAAAAAAAAGCAGUCGUUGAAAAAUCGAUCGCCGGUCGUGAUUGUAAAAUACAAUACGAAGUUGUGUACGUACGCAGAGGUAAGCGUUGAAGUAAAAGUCUUCUGUGCGAAUGACCUUCGACGUAGCGAAGGUGGACAUCUCGCGAUAUAAUUAACGUUUCAUUUUAUAAAGUACCCGCGGCAGUACGUAGUCGCGAUUGUUCGCACACAGUGCAGAGAAUGCCGAGGUUCAGUGUUUGCACUCGUAGUAGAUAUUGUAUACACAUACGUGUGCACAUCAUCGUGCCCGUGUUACAAUAAACAUAACGAUAACAACGACAUAACUGUGAACUGGAAGUUUGCCGGCGUUGCAGCCGCAGCUUUCAUUCCAUAUCACGUCGCGGGAAUAUAGAAAACCCGGGAUCGGAGAAUGACAAAAGAAUACGCCGCGAUCGGGGGUGGUGCUCGUUAGCGAUGCGGCGUCGUUUAUUCGAAUAAAUUGUGAAUUUUUUUUUUUUUUUCAACCGCGUUACGUGCAGGAUCCUACGAUUCGAAGUCGGAGGAGGACACCAGAAAUCCGUGAUGCCCGGUUGCGUGUACGAGGCAACGCGGUUUCCGCGUGGGUCAUAACCGAAAGUCGUGCCUCGCGGAGCGAGAGAUGUACAGUUACGUGCCCCGGGGAAACUAUCUAACCGAGAGCCGUGGAAGAGUAUCAAAAGUUCCGCAGCUGUGGUAUCGAGGAAGGAAAAAACAUUUUUCAGUACCGAUUUAGCGACUAUAGAUAUAGCGUGCGCCUUCCUAUCGUAUACGGCUCGUCCGCGUCGUACGACCUGUAACACAAUACAUCGAGGUGCGCAACGUACGUACAUGCGAUAAUAAUAAUAAUAAUAAUAAUAAUAAUAAUAAUAAUAAUAAUAAUAAUAAUAAUAAUAAUAAUAAUAAUAAUAAUAAUAAUAAUGAUGGACGUUAAAUACGCGAAAAUUUUCUUUCACAAUAUAAGACGCGUACGAUCGAACACCCACCGCCGCCAUCCGAUAUUCUUGUAAAAUCGGAUGCGUACGAAUAUAAUAAUAAUAAUAAUAAUAAUAAUAGUAAUAAUAAUAAUAAGAAACGAGCACCUAAUAAUCGCACGUCGUUAACGCCAACGGUUUACGGGAAACGACGAACCGCGGCGACGGCGGCUGCCUGUACAGUGUUAUUAUUAAUCGUAUACACACGUUUGCUGCCGGAAUUUGCUGACGUUUCUAUAUAUCGUAACAUUUACGUGUGUAUAACGUGUCACAAUGCCGCGGUGAGGGAUCCGGCAUAGAAAGAAAAUACUUUCAACGCCGUUAGCAGGCCAACUUUAUUAGUAAUCGACCGCAACUCCGACCGCUACUCGAAGGAGGUUGCAGAGGCGCUUGAACGCGGCGGACCCACCCCUCGACGAUAAAUACGUUACAGAUACAACGGGCGCACGACGCCGACUAUAAUACGACAACACCGCGACGACGACGACGACGACGACGAUUUUAUACCGCGUUUAUACGGCGAUAAAUAAUUAGCGGCGAUAUAUAAGAGAGCGACGAGGAUGCAGGAGAGACCGAAUUCCUUGAGGGAUCUUAUAUCGGAUAGCCAGGUAUUUUUGACCGGUGCGACAGGUUUCGUGGGUGGUGUACUUUUGGAGCGUAUACUGCGGGCGGAAUUGCCGCCGAAGAAGGUCUUCCUGUUGGUGAGGAAACGGAGGGGAGCCGACCCCCGCGAUCGAGUGAAGGAGAUUUUUUCAUCGCCGCUGUUCUCAGAUGUUCGAGCUGACCGACUGAAUUUGAUACAAGUGAUCGAAGGUGACGUUGGCGAAGAUGGAUUGGGUAUAUCGAAAUCUGAUAAUGACCUUCUCGUCUCAAAGUGCACGCUGGUAUUUCACGCAGCCGCUUUUAUAUCCUUCGCUGCUCGUCUCGAUAUGGCCAUCAGGAUUAACCUUGAAGGUUCAAGGCAGGUUUUGGACCUCGCUAAAAAUAUGUUGAACUGUAAAGCGAUGGUUUACGUCUCAACCGCCUACGCAAACUGUACCGUGAGGAACGCCAUUGUGGAGGAAAAAUUAUAUCCGACGCCGUGCGACCCGAUUGAUUUUUUAAAAAUGGUAAAAAAGUUAUCACCCGAAGAACUGGAAGCAAAAACGAACGAGUUGAUAGGAAACCAUCCGAAUACUUAUACGUUUACAAAACAAAUGGCGGAAGCGUUGCUGGCGAAAGAACGCGGCCAUGUCGCCCUUAGUAUCGUGAGACCGAGCAUAGUUUUGAACACGUGGAAGAUUCCAAAAAUCGGUUGGGUAGACAACGUCAACAACGGCGCCUGCGGUUUCAUAGCUGGAGUCAAUAAAGGCAUUUUUCGGACAAUUCCAGCGCGCCCUGGGGCCGUGACUGACAUGAUUCCUGCCGAUAUGGUGGUCUCCGUGAUCUUAACUUCGGCUCUUCAGGCUCUUCGGGAUCCGGACAACCUCCACGUAUAUCACUGCACAUCGGGAAUUGAAAAUCCUGUAACUUGGGAAAGAUAUUGUAGGACCGUUGUGAAGGCGGCUCAAGAUCAUCCUUGCAAAGAUGUGCUCUGGUACCCCCAGGCAAAGACUAGUCUGAGCGCCUUCAGAAAUUUAGUUGUUAUCUGGCUGUUUCAAAUUAUACCAGCGAUAUUCGUCGACCACGUAUUGCUCCGUGGAAAAGGACCCUCACUUUACGCGAUGCAGAGGAAAUACGAAAGGGGUUGCAGGUACACCACUUACUUCACGAAGAGAGAAUGGUCGUUCGAUACCGCGAAGGUAUCCGCGUUGGCUUCGAUUCUACCGGAAGAAGAACGGGCCGCUUAUCCGUUCGAUCCGAAACUGGUGGAUUGGGACGAAUAUCUGGAAGACUGCGUUGUUGGAAUGCGUCACUAUUUUCACAAAGAACCGAAAACAACAACUGAAAAAGCUCGCAACAGUAUGAAAAGGCUGAAGACAACCGCCACUUUAACGCCGUUUAUCUGUUUUUUCAUUCUCUGGGGGAUUAAUCUACUCCUUGGAUGUCCCAUGUGGGUCGCUGCAUUCGUCGCUGCUUCUUUGAUACUGUUUUUAGUUUGGGUUUAAUUAUAACGUAUUUAUAUGCGAAGUAAAACACGAAUCGAUCAUUACUUGAAAUUAACCUUUCGUUUAAAAAGUCAACGACCAUAAUACCGGAAGACUGCAAUUGUUCACGAAAAUUUGUUACGAUAAAAAAAAAAACAAAGAAUAUUGCAUAAUUUGUUAUUUGUUAUAAUCAAACCUUAUGCUGUGAGAAUGAACUAUUUCUGAU